UGCCAAAAUAUAUUUGCCCUGAUGGGAUUGUAGUAAGAAGGUCAAACAGAAUCAACAACUUGUAGGUAUUUAGCAUUAGUGGUUUAUUCAUUAUUAAAUAACAUCAGAAUUGGUCACAUUUCGAACAAGCAAGUUAGAUCCCAAAGAAAAACGGAAAUUAGUUUUAGACAGGAAAAGCUGGACAGGUGUCUCGUAAUACUCUUACAACUUUUUAUUAUUAAGGCGACUUUAACCAUCUAUUAAAACCUAAAAUAAGUAUUUACGCUCUGCAAUCUUAAAUAUCAGGCAAUAUUUUUAUACCUGUAGUAAAAUUUAAAUCUGAGACACAACAUAAGCUGAUUUUGCUAUUUAAAAUCAGCUAUUUAAAUUGAGUUUAGAAGAAAAUACAAAAAUAUCAAAGCUGUUAUCUGGUUUACCUAACUUCAUAACUGUUAAUAUUUUUUGUUUAAUAGAUGCAUAGAUAAAUACUAUAUAGACAAAAGUGAGCUUGUAAUGUAAAUUUUUAAAAUGAUCUGAUAUAGCUGGGACAUAUUAAUUCUACCACCACUCUAUUGUUAUGUUGAGGCGUUGUUACCACUAUACCCUGUGACUGUAGCGGUUGGGUCUCGCCGGCUGUCAGAGAAAGAAACAGAAAAAAUGGUUAGCAGGGCUUGGUGCCACGACGGUUACACAGUGCGGGAAAUUAACGUUAACUCAACCGCCCCUUCAACGGAUUUUUACAACGGCUGCUUUUUUUCCCCCCUCAUCUCUCCAUACUCUCUCUCUCUCUCUCUUGACUGUUUUCUUCUUUCUCUCCACUCGCAAGUCAUGUGAUUGUAACGUAAAACCCCUAACCGGAAAACACCGACGGACGACCCUCCGCCGCCAACGAAUGCUGCGUUUACAAGGAACACAGUUGAAGCUGCAGCGAGCGCAGAGAGGACGGACGGCUGGGUCUCCGGUAGCAAACAAACAAGGGCGAUACGGAGGAACUCCGGUGAUUUCAGCAGAGCGCAAGUUGAAGAAUGGAGUUGGCCAACCAUGGUCUUAUCCUGCUGCAACAGCUUAACGCUCAGAGGGAAUUUGGCUUCCUGUGCGACUGCACUGUGGCUAUUGGAGACGUCUUCUUCAAAGCCCACAAAGCGGUCCUCGCUGCCUUCUCCAACUACUUCAGAAUGCUCUUUAUUCACCAGGACAGUGACUGCGUGCGUCUGAAGGCCUCUGACAUCCAGCCAGAUAUCUUCAGCUAUCUCCUCAACCUGAUGUACACAGGCAAGCUCGCCCCCCAGUUGAUAGACCCGGCGCGUCUCGAGCAGGGAGUCAGAUUCCUUCACGCGUAUCCGCUCCUGCAGGAGGCCAGCCAGUCGGUGUAUUCCCACCCCGAUCAGAGCAUCAACCUCUCCACCUCGCUCUACGGCAUCCAAAUAUCCGACCAGCAGGUGGCGCUGUCAGCCAGCGUACCAGCUCGUCGACAGCUCUCCUCACCCUUUGACUUGGAGCAGCUGAACUCAGAGGGGAAAGUGUCCUCAGCCGCCACAGCGUCGUUCACAAACGCCCUAUUGUCCAAGCAAGCUGCAUCGCCCCCUGAUAUGGAGGCCUCAACCAGCAGCAUGAAGGCAUCUGGUGAGGAGGGGGCAAUGGACGUACUGAGCGCAGAUGGUUCCUCCGCCACUGCGAUCCUCCAUGUAAAGCCGAGCAUAAUGAAGAGAAGUUCCUCCUUCAGGAAGUAUUACUCGUGCCACCUCUGCAAGAGCAGAUUCACCCAGAGAAGUCUGCUGAGAGAACAUCUCCUGCAGCAUACACAGGCUCUUCAGCAGGCAGCCGUGGAGCCCAGCAAGGCGCCGCCGUCGCCUGCUGUGAUCAGAGAGAACAGCCUGUUGGCAGAGGGGCUUUCUAAAGGAAACAAGGCCGGCUCGAGCGCCUCAGCCACAGCUGUGGAGAUCAUCAGCGACAGCGAACAAACUCCUGUUUCAGGCACCAACUCUGACUCUCCCCAAGCAGAGGUGUCCACCUCCACGUGGGGGGUGGGAGGGUUAAGCUCUCAGGCAGACACCCCGCCUCCAUCGGACAUCGCGGACAUCGACAACCUGGAGAAUGCUGAACUGGACCGCGAAGUGAAGCGCAGGAAGUACGAGUGCUCCACGUGCGGACGCAAGUUCAUUCAGAAGAGCCACUGGCGCGAGCACAUGUACAUCCACACGGGGAAGCCCUUCAAAUGCAGCGCGUGUGGGAAAAGCUUUUGCCGUGCCAACCAAGCUGCCCGUCACGUCUGCCUGAACCAGGGGGCUGACACCUACACCAUGGUGGACCGGCAGAGCAUGGAGCUCUGCGCUGCAGGGGAAGACAGCAACCAGAUGGAGGCCAUGUUCUUGGGCUCCUCGAAGCCUUACAAAUGCAACAUUUGCGCGACGACCUUUUCCAGCCCUGCUGAGGUGAUCAAACACCUGUGCUUCUCCCAAGGGGGAUUGGCAGGACUGUCGGGAAGCAUAGGUGCAGGCAUGCUGCUGCAGCAAGAAGAUGUCUCCAAAGAUGAAGGCUCUGAUUUGUCCAACUCUGGCACCCCACCAGAACCGAUAAAGACUGAGGAGAUUCUCGUAGAAUAGCAACCAAACAGUUUUUGUCUGUUUUAACAUGUUUGCCAUCUAAAUUAUGGUUAAAAUAGGUAAGCUAAAGAAAAAUUUGUCAGGGUAUGUUUGCUAGAUAUUCUUAACCUUUAUUUCAUGAUAAAGUGCUUUAAAUGUGUAGACCCUAAGAGUGCUAAUUAUAAAGAUUUCUCUCUAUACAAUCAUAAAAAUUACACACACAUUUCACUGAAGGCUUUGGGUUAACCAACAAUAAAACACUGAUUUGUUAUGCUGUAAUAAACUCUUUGCGUGCAGCUGUUUGCGCUUUUUAACAUAGGAAGAGAAAGCUGAGGCCGUCUAGAGUUGUUAGACAUCAAGAGUUGCAAAACGCUGAUAAUUCCUCUGCAACUGCAGGGAAUUUCCACAUGGGCAGAAAACUAGACAUAAACUGGCAGCUGCAAGCACAGACAGUCUGUGCUGACUUUAUUUGAACCGACUCUGUGUCCGUCUUCCAUCCUCUGAUGUUGGCUGAACAGAAUAAAUAUGUUUAUGUAACGUAACGACCAUUCACCGCAUCUUCUCCAGCACCUGGCUAUGUGUGUGCCUCUGUGCUUAGUGGUGUUUUAGUAGGAUUACCGUCUUUUUAUUCCUUGUCACACCAGACAGAGAAACAGGCUCGCAUUGUCUAAAUUUAUGUCACUUUCUUUGUUUUCCUCACAUUUGCCAGCCCUGUUAUGUAUUAUAUAACUCUUUGGUUACUAACACUGUAGCAACAUGUUCCAUCCAGACCCUCAAUCUGAGGCUGUAGAAUAUUGUAAAUCAUGUGUGUUUUCAUAUAAUUCAUUUGAAUCUAUUUCUGGAUCCCUUUUAAAGUUUAUUUGAUGUUUUUCAAAUUUUAUACACAGCGCUAUAUUCAUAAAAUGACAAUAUAUUUCAAAGAUGUAAGAUUAUUAGUGGUCUGAUCGCUUCCAAAAUCUUAACAUGUGAAGGAUAUGAAUAGACUUGUGUUGAAUUGUUAAGAAGGUUUUUCAAAGUCUUGCCAAAUGUGUGCUAAAGGAUAUUUGUUGUGUUAAAAGGGAAAUAGUUUCUUCUAUAUUUUAACAUUGUUUUGUUGUAUUUGUAUGUUUUUAGUUUCUGCCCAUACGAGAAUAAAGAAGUGAUAGAAGGUUGCAACGUUUAGAAAAACAUUGUAGAGGCCUGAUUAUUUCAGCUAUCUGGACUGGAAGUCAUAUCUCAAAACACAAGAUGGUUUACACAUGUUUUGUUGGAAUAUAAAAUGUGUUUUAUUGAUCUUCCAUAUCAGUUCUUGUGCUACUGAUGACUAGAAUUAGAGGUUUUUAUACAUAUUGAAUAAAUGAGAAGCUCACAUUAAUAUAUUGUGUAUAAUCUUUAACAUUAUUCCAUAUGUAUGCAGAUAAUCUAAAGCUGCCAAAGAAUUUAUUGUUCCCUCUCACUUGAAAUAUUGUACUUUUUUUCCCCUUUAUAUUAUAAAUUUCUGCAAAAUUUGAUCUUUACUCCAGUAGCUAGACUGACUUUGAGCUUCCCAUUCAUUCAUUUUAUAAUGUUUCAUAUUAAAAUAAUUAAUUCUCUCUCUAUAGAUAUUGAAAUUUCUUUUUUUUUUUUUUAAAAAAAGCUAUUUUUCUUCUCUUUGGUUCAACAACUCUCAUAGUGAUACUGGUGAAAUGUAUGUGUAAGCUAAAGCACACAAAGACAUGUUUGAUUAACAGGAAAUGAUUUUAAAUGUCCUGCUUGAAUAAUGUUUAAUUAUAAUACUUAAUGUGGUCAUUCUUGUUGUAAUAGCUUUUACAAUUUCUUUAUCCCCUAUUCUAAUGCUAGAAAUUUAAAGUUGCAGAAUUGAAAUUUGAUCCUGUUCACGCAGUCUGUAGCUAGAUGGCGCUGUUUUCUUUUACUACCUGCUCAGGUUGAAAGAGAAGGAAACUGUCAAAUCUGAACAGUGAUUGUUCACUGUUUCUAUGUUACCAUGAAUCCGAGUACUUUUUCCUUCACUUGCGAGCUGUCAGUGAUUUUUCUCAUUUUUAAACUGAUCAAAUUUCAAUGCUACUGUCCCUUGAUUUUCCAAACAAAUGAUCCACUGAAAUAUGCACACGUCAUUGGAAAUUCUCUAUGUUCAAUUUCAAAAAUUAAUGUCUGUGCUCAAUCUUUUUCUAAACAGCCAAACAUCUCAGGAAGUUGAGAAGUUUGACUUCACUGUCGAGCUGUUGGUCAUUAAAUAAAUAGUUUGAGACUAUUGUAAAGAGUAUGCAAUGUAAACCUCUUCCUGGUGCCCAUUUGACAUCUACUGUGACGAUUCUGUGUUCUCAGGAAUGUAAUUUUAUCUGUUUUAAACUUUUUUUGGCCAUGAAGAAAGAAUAAAAACACGUCUUU